GUGAACGAAAAGUUAGAUUCACUUUUCUGUGGAUUUCGUUGGUUUUGGUCGCUCUCCCAACAAUUGUUACCCAUCUGAUCUUAAAACCCACUUCGUUUCGAUAAAAUAGAACCACGUCAACACUUUCUGAAAAACCCCACAUAGAUUUCCCCGUUAACCUUAAACGCAGCAACCUUAAACCCAUCAUGACACAGAUUAAAUCUACCCACGAAACAACAAACCCACUCUCAGUUAAUGAAAAUGGAGAACCCAAUUUUCCUGAGAGAUCGAAGCAUUCAGAAGAUGAGAACAGGGAAAGUGAUGGACUGAGAAGUGGUAUCGAUGAGAAGACUUCAAUGGAUGAUGUUAGGGCUCCAAAUGUGUUCGAGAGAGCAAAGGAGGAGUUUCAAGCCCUUUCUGAGGUCUUCCAUCACAAGAGAAAGGUUUCUGCUUCUGAUAUAAGAGAUGAAAAUCAAAUGGCUGAGUCAUCAAAACAUAACCAAGAAGCCACAACCUCUCCAUCAGACAAUUUUUUAUUGGCAGCAAACAUAUUUGUGAAGGCUAAGGAAGAGAUUAAAGGCAUGAUACACCACGACAAGUCAAAACACCACCAUAAAGAAACUCAUGGAAGGAACGAUGACAUCACUGAGAAUACUCCUCUCGAUGAAAUUAAGGGUCCGAAUGUGUUUGAAAGAGUAAAAGAAGAGUUCGAAGCUGUUUUCCAAGCUAUUCAUCCAAAGUAGGACAGCUACAAAUUUUCGAAUUUCGAUUCUUUCUUGAAUUUUUUUAUCAUUUGAGACAACGUUUGUAUCAAGAUCCAACACUGACCCACAAAUAAUAAUUUGUGAAAAGAAAUAGUUGUGUUGCUCUCACGAUUCGCAAAUGUUGGAUAGGGUAUUUAAGUAUUUCUU